GUUUUGUCCGAUCGUUUCGAUGUUUCCUUCUUGAAGAGAGCGCUCAGUUACAACAUCGCCAAACCUUUUCCAGCCUCGACUGUGCUCGAACCCGAUCUGCACGCCGGGCGAUGUUGGCCCAUGAGCGGAUCUUCCGGCCAUCUGGGUUUGCAGUCAAUGCGCACAAUGCGCAUCACAAAUGUCACAAUUGGACACAUCUCGAUGGCUUCGUCCCAUGACAUCCGUACAGCUCCACGAUCCAUCAUUCUGUGGGGCUUGUCGGAUGUUGCCGCUACAGGACAAGAAAUGCAUUGUACCAGCAUGUCAACACUACCAAUGCGAGUUUCACUUCCUGCCGGCACUCGAAUGUUUCCUCUGGCCAUAAUCAAUUAUGAUGUACACUCAUCGUCCAACAUCCAAACCUUUGAUGUCGACUCCCGCUUUCACGAAUACGAAUUCAAGCUAACGAUACUGGAAGUGUUGAGCAACUGGGGGAUGUCCGAUUAUACCUGCUUAUACAGCAUUCGCCUGCAUGGU